AUGGAGAAGUCAAUCGAGUCCGGGAUCAUUGCAUCCCCAGUUGAAAGCACUCACGAACAUCCACGAAAGCUGAGACCACGCAAGUGGUGGAAGCUUGGUGGUCAAGACCAGAGCCACGUCUCCGUCGAUGCGGACAUCGAACCAGACUCGGAGACGUCUUCGAAGGACGGUGAUAACCUCGUCAGGAACGUGAACAACGUUUUCGAAGCCCCCGAGGCUGCAGAAAUCUACAAGCCUACCGCCAAGUUCGAAGGCUCGCACCGUUUCGACCCUUCAGCCGCAUGGGAACCGGAAGAGGAAAAGAGAUUGGUCCGCAGGCUUGACUGGCUGAUCGCAGUUCCUGCUUGCAUCAUGUUCUUCGCUCUGCAGCUUGACCGUGGCAAUAUCACACAAGCUCUGUCCGACAACAUGCUUACUGACCUUGGCAUGAACACCAACGACUACAACAAUGGCAUGACGAUCUUUUACUGUUCGUUCCUCUUUGCCGAGCUUCCAUCGCAGCUCAUCAGCAAGAAAGUCGGGCCCGACAUUUGGAUUCCCAUCCAAAUGGUGUGCUGGAGCGCUGUCGCCGCAUCUCAGGCUGCCUUGUCCGGGAAAACCAGCUUUUAUAUCUGCCGGUUCCUGCUGGGCUUUAUCGAAGGCGGCUUCAUCCCCGACACCAUCCUGUACCUCAGCUAUUUCUUCACCAACGGCGAACUGCCCAAACGGCUCAGCUGGUUCUGGACGUCCUAUCAAUCCACUCAGAUUGUCGGAGCCUUCCUGGCAUAUGGCAUCCUCCACCUGAGAGGCCACCACGGGAUGGAGGGCUGGCGCUACCUGUUCGCCAUCGAAGGCGGUCUCACCGGCCUGAUCGGCAUCCUCACCUGGCUGUAUCUCCCCGCCUCCCCAACACAAACGGCGCGCCACGGCAUCAAGGGUCUCCUGCGGCCGCGGAGCGGCUGGUUCACUGAGCGCGAAGAGGUCAUCAUGGUGACGCGGAUCCUGCGUGACGACCCGGGCAAAUCCGACAUGCACAACCGGCAGGGCCUCAGCUGGAAACUCUUCAAGGAAGCCCUGACCGACUACGACAUGUGGCCCAUCUACCUGAUCGGCCUGGGGUGGACGAUCCCAGCAACCCCCCCACAAUCGUACAUCACCCUCACCUGCAAGGCCCUGGGCUUCGACACGUUCCAGACCAACCUGCUCACGAUCCCCGCCUACACGCUGUUCAUCUGCCAACUGCUCUUCUGGACGUGGGUGUCGGAGCGGUGGAACUCGCGCCUGCUGCUGGGCGUCAUCUGCCAGCUGUGGUGUCUUCCCUUGCUCGUCGCGCUGGUCACCCUGCCGCCGACAUUCCACGGCUCGAAUUGGUCCAAGUGGGUCCUCUCGACCAUGCUCGUGGGCUACCCGUACGUGCACGCCAUCCUCGUGGCCCUCACGUCGCGCAACGCCGGCUCCGUGCGCACCCGCACCGUGGGGUCCUCGCUGUACAACAUGGCCGUGCAGACGUCCAACAUCAUCUCGACCCAGAUCUACCGCAACGAUGACAAGCCCUACUACUACCGGGGGAACAAAGUCCUGCUAGGCAUCGUGGCGUGGAACACCGUCGCUUUCGUCGCCGGGAAGAUCUACUACGUGCGCAAGAACGCCCAGCGCGACGCCAUCUGGUAUGGCAUGUCGAGGGAGGAGAGGGUCGAGUAUCUCAAGACAACGACCGAUAGGGGGAAUAAGCGGUUGGACUUCCGGUUCGCGCAUUGA